AUUGUUGAAGGUAUCUGUCUUGUUGUUUGCCCUACAGCCAGCGUAACUUGGCUGAGAUCGCGGAGUUGAUCCACACGGCCUUCCUGGUGCAUCGCGGCGUGGUCAACCUGAAGGAGUGGUCCAACGACGGACAGUUGAAGGACAUGCAGUUUGGCAACAAGAUGGCCGUCCUGAGUGGAGACUUCCUCCUGGCCAACGCAUGCACAGGACUCGCACAGUUAAAUAACACCAAGGUUGUGGAGCUGAUCUCGAGUGCCAUCGGUGACCUGGUGCAAGGCGUUUACUAUGAGAGCUCUCCUAACCUCCAGGACAGUAAUCCCGGAGACAUAAUCGACGUGGAUGUGUGGGAGGAGCAGACCUUUCUGUCCCACGGUGCACUGCUCGCCAAGAGCUGUCAGGCGGCGAUGGAGUUGGCAAAGCACAAGCCCGAGUCCCAGCGCCUGGCCUACACUUACGGCAAGCACCUCUCCCUGGGACACCAGCUGCACGCUGACCUGCAGCCGUUCGUGGCGGGCGGGGGCGGGGCGCCGGCGGCGUUCAGUCUGAACUCCUGCCCCGCGGUCCUCCACCGGCAGAUCGUGGGCCAGGACAAGUGGCAGCAGCAGUUGGAGGAGGCGAAGGCAUUUAAGGACCAACUGGAUUAUUCAAUGCUGUGGGCGGCGAUCAAGUCGGAGAGAGGCGUGAGCUCGGCGGUGGACUUGUGCCGUUACCAUGGGAACAAGGCACUGGAAGCCAUCCAGGCUUUCCCUCCCUCUGAGGCGCGCUCCGCCUUGGAGAACAUCACCGGCGCAGUCACCAAAUUCUGACCGGGACACUCCACUGGUGUCUCUCCCUCACUGGGGGGACAGCACUGGUGUCUCUCCCUCACUGGGGGGACAGCACUGGUGUCUCUCCCUCACUGGGGGGACAGCACUGGUGUCUCUCCCUCACUGGGGGGACAGCACUGGUGUCUCUCCCUCACUGGGGGGACACUGCCUGAAAAGCCACAGAGCUAUCGGACACAAACUGAUCAAUGGGUGGAUGGUAAGGGUGGGGUAUGGAGGGGUAAUUUAGAUAUAAAUAUAUACAUAAAUGUACAAUGUAAUUUAUCUCUAAGUCUGUUGCCGAUGAUGAAUGAUAAAUUGCAAUGGUUUCAGAAAUUAUAAAAAAAAAACAUCCAUCUGUCA